UUUUUAACCUGCUCUAAAAAUGACCUGGACCAUAUGUUGUUUGUAAAACUAAUAUACGUUCCUUCCGUACUGAACGGUACUUGGAAUCAAAAUGUGAGGGCUUUUUUUUUUUUUUUUUUUAAUGCCUGAGGCGGAUCGAUUUCAUCACAGUGAUGAUUACAGCCCAACACAACUUGUUUGUGUCGCACGCACAAGCGCGUGCGCGCUACAGGAUUACGCGCGGGCGGCCUACAUGUCUAUGAGCUCGUGUCGUGUGGGCGGGGUUGCGGAUGACGUCUUGUGUGUUUACGUCAGGUAAAACGGGUCACCCUCUUCCCUCGGUCAAGCAGGAGGUGAAGGUAAAAAGAAAAACAAAAAAGUAGAAAGUCAACGAGAAUUCGCGAUUCCAGUGCCACUUUUGUAUAUCUGACAUCAGAAUGGCACUGAAAUAGGUUUACAUAAGAACAUUCCUGAAGACCGGUGGAAUAUUUUUGGAAUCUCACAGCUGCACAAACACAACAGAGUUAUUUCGUCUACCAUUUUAUUUCAAGUUCCCGCCCCUGAGUGUGUCAGUGAAUAACCGCGAACCUGCUGCCUGGUCACGGCAAUCCAAUUUAAGGAUCUCGCCAUCUGGAAUUAGCUUGUUUUGACCAGGUCGCAAGGCACCAUGGGAGGUCAGGGGGGCUUACGUCUUAGCGCUAUAAAGGUCUUGAGCCGCCCUCCACUGCCCCCACUGGUGUUUCGGACUUUUGCCUUUCAAUACGAUCACGAGUUUCUGGCAAAAAUGGUUCUGGACGAUUCCGACGUGGAGAUGAUCGUGACUGACGUUGAAGUUACCGAGCAUGACGUAGAGACCCCGUACGGAAGACUCCACUGCACCAUGCGGGGGGUCCCCAAAGGGGAGCGGCCCGUCGUCCUCACCUUCCACGACAUCGGGCUCAACCAUAAGACGUGCUGGGACUCGCUGUUCCAGCAUGAGGACAUGGCCGAGAUCCUGCACCACUUUGCCGUGUGUCACGUGGACGCCCUCGGACAGCACGAGGGAGCGAACACCUUUUCCACCGGGUACGAGUAUCCGACCAUGGAUGAACUGUCUGAGACGCUCCCACUUGUACUGAAGCAUUUUGGGCUGAAGUCUGUUAUUGGAUUAGGGAUGGGAGCCGGAGCCUUCAUGCUGACCAAGUUCGCUCUUGAUUACCCAAAAAUGGUGGAAGGGCUGGUGCUCAUCAACAUCAACCCAUGUGCCGAGGGCUGGAUGGACUGGGCGGCGCACAAGAUCAGCGGCUGGACCCAUGCCUUGCCGGACCUGGUCAUCAGCCACCUCUUUGGCAAGGAGGAGAUUCACCACAACCAGGACAUGGUGGCCACGUACCGCCACCAUGUGAUGAAGGACAUGAAUCAGUUCAACCUGCAGCUCUUCAUCAAGGCCUACGAAAGUCGGAGGGACCUGGAUAUCGAGAGGCCAGUGCCGGGCAGCAACGUCAGAACCUUAAAGUGUCCUUGCCUUCUGGUGGUCGGUGACAGCUCGCCUGCUGUGGACGCCGUGGUGGAGUGCAACACCAAACUGGACCCCACAAAAGCAACCCUGCUUAAGAUGGCCGACUGUGGAGGCAUGCCCCAGAUUGACCAGCCCGGCAAGCUGACAGAGGCGUUCAAGUACUUCAUUCAAGGGAUGGGAUACAUGCCGGCGGCGAGCAUGACCCGCCUGGUGCGCUCCCGCACAGCCUCGGGUUCCAGCGUGACAUCUUUCGAGGGCUCGCGCUCCCGCUCGCACACCCACGAGGGCAACCGCUCGCGCUCACACACCAACGAGGGCCCGCGCUCACGCUCCCAUACGGCUGACCACCAGCGGGGCCACGCCCCCGCGACCGACGCUGCCCCCGCCACUCCCGCAGUGGACCAGGGCCUGCUUAAGGCCCCCGAAGUGUCCUGCUAAAUUGGCAAAAAAAAAA